AUGACUGAAAUUCCGUCAACUGGAGUUCCCUAUGAACAAAAAAACCUUCACGAGGGGCACCAAUACAUCAAGGAGGGCAACAUCUUAUUACCAUGUCCGCCAUCCGUGGAUCCACUCUCCCUCGAAGCUGGCCAAGAGGUGAUCACCGUGUUAGCCAAGCAAAUAGGCAGGCUUAUACUUGAGUGGGACUUCUCCUGGGUGACCAAAACGGGGUUCGGAGUGCGACUUCCUGAAGCCGAAGCGAUGAGACUUGUCUUUCAGCAUACCGAUGUCCCGGUCCCCGAAGUGCUUUUUACCAAAUUCAGUCCAGACAGAGAGAUAACAGAUCUGAGUGAAUUUUUCAAACCCGGCUUCCGUCUUCCGGAGGGCACGAUUGGGAUGACGAUAAUACCCGGGACCACUCUAGAGAAGAAGUGGGACAUGCUGGACGACGAAGCCAAAGAGUCAAUAUGCCUUCAACUGUGGGAUCUGAUCUCGAAAAUCCGAAACAUCCCUCGCCCGCAAGGGCUUGCGGGACUGUACCAGUGUCUCGCGGAUGGCUCUCUCUCCCGGGACCCGAUGCUAGAGGAUCUACAAAAGCCCGGUCGACCACUUUUGAGCGACUCGGAAUUACGUUCGAGAAUCUACGAGCGGUAUCUCCAUUGUGGGGGAACACGCUACGAGAAUCAACUACUGGAUAUGUUACCCACGUCGGAGCACUCGGUAUUCACGCAUGCGGAUAUUGCGCCGCGUAAUGUGAUGGUGGACGAGCAGAACAACGUCACCGGCAUUCUCGACUGGGAAUGGGCGGGCUGGUAUCCGGAGUACUGGGAGUAUGCGCAAAUCAUGCGGCCGGCCUUUUGGGGGAACUGGUCGAUCUGGAUGGAAAAGACGGCGCCGCGGCGGGUGGGAUCUACGAGGAAUCAAUGCUGCCAGGAAGGUUUUGUUUUGAAAAUUACAUGA